CCGCCCCGGCCCUGGCCGCCGGGACCGGGAGCCGGGACGCGGUGCUGCGGCCAGAGGCAGGCGGUGGUGCGAUGGCGGAGAAGGCGCUGGAGGCCGUGGGUUGUGGACUAGGACCCGGGCCUGUGGCUAUGGCCGUGGCGCUGGAGGACGGGGCGGAGCCCCCUAUGCUGACCGCGCACCUGAAGAAGGUGGAGAACCACAUCACAGAAGCCCAGCGCUUCUCCCAUCUACCCAAGCGCUCAUCUGUGGACAUCGAGUUCGUGGAACUGUCCUAUUCCGUGCGGGAGGGGCCCUGCUGGCGCAAACGGGGUUAUAAGACUCUCCUUAAGUGCCUAUCGGGUAAAUUCUGCCGCCGGGAGCUUAUUGGCAUCAUGGGCCCCUCAGGGGCUGGAAAGUCAACAUUCAUGAACAUCUUGGCAGGAUACAGGGAAUCUGGGAUGAAAGGGCAGAUCCUGGUCAACGGGAGGCCACGGGAACUGAGGACCUUCCGCAAGAUGUCCUGUUACAUCAUGCAGGACGACAUGCUGCUGCCACACCUCACAGUGCUAGAAGCCAUGAUGGUCUCUGCUAACCUGAAGCUGAGUGAGAAGCAAGAAGUGAAGAAGGAGUUGGUAACCGAGAUCCUCACAGCCCUGGGCCUGAUGUCCUGCUCCCACACGAGGACAGCCCUGCUCUCUGGCGGGCAGAGGAAGCGCCUGGCCAUCGCCCUGGAACUGGUCAACAACCCGCCUGUCAUGUUCUUUGACGAGCCCACCAGUGGUCUGGAUAGUGCCUCCUGUUUCCAAGUGGUAUCCCUCAUGAAGUCUCUGGCCCAGGGUGGUCGUACCAUCAUCUGCACCAUCCACCAGCCCAGUGCCAAGCUUUUUGAGAUGUUUGACAAGCUCUACAUCCUGAGCCAGGGCCAGUGCAUCUUCAAGGGUGUGGUCACCAACCUAAUCCCCUAUCUGAAGGGGCUCGGCUUGCAUUGCCCCACCUACCACAACCCUGCUGACUUCAUUAUUGAGGUGGCCUCUGGAGAGUAUGGAGACCUGAACCUCAUGCUGUUCAGGGCUGUGCAAAAUGGGCUGUGCACCAUGGCUGAGAAGAAAAGCAGCCCCGAGAAAAAUGGGGUCCCUGUCCCUUGCCUCCCUUGCCCUUCGGAAGUGGAUCCCAUUGAAAGCCACUCCUUCGCCACCAGCACCCUCACACAGUUCUGCAUCCUAUUCAAGAGGACCUUCUUGUCCAUUCUCAGGGACACGGUCCUGACCCACCUGCGGUUUGUGUCCCACGUGCUGAUUGGCGUGCUCAUUGGUCUUCUCUACCUGCACAUUGGCGACGAUGCCAGCAAGGUCUUCAACAACACCGGCUGCCUCUUCUUUUCCAUGCUGUUUCUCAUGUUCGCGGGCCUCAUGCCGACCGUGCUCACCUUCCCCUUAGAGAUGGCAGUCUUCAUGAGGGAGCACCUCAACUACUGGUACAGCCUCAAAGCAUAUUACCUGGCCAAGACCAUGGCCGAUGUACCCUUCCAGGUGGUGUGCCCGGUGGUGUACUGCAGCAUCAUGUACUGGAUGACAGGCCAGCCAGCUGAGACCAGCCGCUUCCUGCUCUUCUCAGCCCUAGCCAGCGCCACGGCCCUGGUGGCCCAGUCCUUGGGGCUGCUGAUCGGCGCCGCCUCUAACUCCUUACAGGUGGCCACCUUUGUGGGCCCGGUCACAGCCAUCCCUGUCCUCUUGUUUUCCGGUUUCUUUGUCAGCUUCAAGACCAUCCCCACUUAUUUGCAGUGGAGUUCCUACCUCUCCUAUGUCAGGUAUGGCUUUGAGGGUGUGAUUCUGACCAUCUAUGGCAUGGAGCGAGGUGACCUGACCUGCUUGGAUGAGCGCUGCCCAUUCCGGAAGCCACAGACUAUCCUUCGAGCACUGGAUGUGGAGGACGCCAAGCUCUACAUGGACUUCCUGGUCUUGGGCAUCUUCUUUCUGGCCCUGCGGCUGCUGGCUUACCUUGUGCUCCGUUACCGGGUCAAGUCUGAGAGAUAGAGCCUUGCCCAUGGCCUGUGCCCCAGUCCCUGAAGCAGGAAGCCCCUAACCCCAGCCCUUUGGGACUGUUUUAACCUUGUAGACUUGGGCACUGGUUGCUGGUGCAACCGCCUCCCCUCUCUGACCCCUCUGCCGGGCAGGCUGUCGGACUGCUCUCCCAGCCUGAGCCCUGGGUGCGGGGGUCCAGCGCUCCCCACCAUGGCCAGGAGUCUUCCCAAGUCGACGCAGUUUGUAGCUUCCUCCCUCCUCUCCAACACCUGCAUGCCAACACCACGAGGCGGCCACCUCCUUCUUGCCCUCGGCACCCUUCUCUGUUGUCUGCCUGGGAGCCCCCGGCUCUUCAGGCACCCACUUACAACUGACCAAAGUGGCCCCCUCGGGGGUCCCCACCACACAAGUGUUUGUAAACUGGGCUGUUAUAAGGUAGGGGUUCCAGGGCUGGACCCUGGUAGGGUCCCCUGGAAGUCCUAUUUGAAUGUUGGAUUGGAGCAGGGAAGGACUCUGGAAGUCUCUUCCUCCUCCUCACCUUCACCCCACCCCCAGACUCUGACAGAUUUGGACAAUCUGCUGGGACAGAAGCUGGGUUUUCUGUCUGGGUGGGUCAUCUCUCCCAAUCCUGGGGAUUGGGAAGGCCUGGGGCCAUGGAAGCCCCUGUCCCCCUCCCUAUCACCUGUGGUGGGGAUGGGGCCAGGUGGCACUUCUGCAAUAAUGUCUGUGUUUCUCUCCCACCUGCCACUGGAACUAGAGAAUGCACUUUAUUCUGGGGGUGAGUGGGAGAAGAUCCACACCUCCUUUCUUGCUGCUCCUGACUCAUGGUCCUGCAAAGCUCCCUUUCCUCUCCAGAGCUACAGGCACAUAAUUGCGAACAGGCAAUCUUAGCCCUUCACACACUCGCUGUCCCCUGCAACCCAGAGGAGAAGUGACGGCGGCAUGGUGGUGGUGGCGGGUGCUGCGGGGAGGGCGGUGCCAACCUUCUCCUGGGGAUCCAUCUUAGACUCUAAGGAUGAGGAUGGUGCUGCCCAGGGUCUCCAAGACCUGCAGGUGUCUCCCCCCAACCUUCCCUCCCUCCCAAGCCAGGGGUGGCACAGGGCACUAGCUCCCUGGGGCGCAGGACGCAACACAAGCACAAGCGCGGGCAUAGGUUGGCCUUGGCCACCGCCACCCCAUGGCCCUUCUUUUGUGCAUCCAGCUGGCAAUCUCGCCCCUCCCCCUCCCCAGCUGCUCGAUGCUCAUUCAAACUCCUGUCUCUGUCUCUCUAUCCCCUUCCCGUCAGUCAGCCAAGGUAGACCCUGGGCACCAUGCCCUGAGCACCAGGUGCCAGACAUGCCCAAGCACGUCUGACUUCCUGGUGGGUCCAGGCUUACUCUACUUCUGAUUUCCCCUCCCCCAGGGCUCUUUCCCCCUCUGUUGCUGUACACAUUAACUCUCUACCUACCCUCACCCUGCCACGGAUUCUCCCCAUCACAGAGAUGCCAGUUGUAUUUGUGGGAUUUCACCCAUUACUAAUAAAACCUAUAUUUAUACAGUA